AUGAAGCUUCAGACUCUGCGUGUCCUCACGGCUCUGGCGGGUCGAAUUUGUGCUUUUCGUCACGACGGCAAAUCUCACAAUCAUCCUAAUCAACCAAGGCCACGUCAACAAGGUCCGGACGCGCUGGUCGAGACUACAGAGUCACCUGGUCUGUCCACGAGGGAGCCCGUAGAUGCUUCGGCGCAAAGAUCAACCUCACCGACGAUGAACACCAUGUCCAUCUCCAUAUCCGCCCUCGCGAGCACGAUCUCCUCGUCUCCGACCGUAAUUGCGCCACUGAAUAAUACCCUUGGCGGCACAAUCUCAUCAUAUAUGUUCCCUACGACGGUAAUCCAAGUCUCUGUCGCUACAAUAUGCCCUGGCGACACGGCUGCUGGUUCCAGCCUGCCAUUCUUCUCGAUGUCACCCACGACGAAUUCAUCGAGCAUGUCGACGCUGAUGACGACUGGGAGUGCAAGAAACACUAUCAGUGAUGAGACAGCGACAGGGUUGGCGACGGACUAUCUUCCCGUGCAAGUCAAUGCUACAGCAGUGUUGGCGGAUGGACGAACGACCGUGUUCUUGAGUACGAGUUCGACGGCUGUGAUGAGGACGGCUAACGGCACGAGUCCGACAUCAUCAUCUGCUCCACCACCAUCGGCCGGCACGAUGGCAGGAAAUAAUGGGACGACAAAUGCGGAUUCGACAACAACAGAAACAGCAACAGGCAGCAGCAGUAGUGGUGAUGAACGUGAUGGACGUGAAGACAAGGAGCCAAAUAACGACAUGGACCUGGCCCGCAUCAUUCUCGACCCUUCAGGCUGCCAGACCAUCUACUCCCCAGUUACGACGCAGAUAUGCAGCACGACCGUCAGACCCGGUGGUGGAAUGGUGCCCGUGCAAGUUACCGACUGCGACCAGUGGGUUACCUUUUCGAGUGAACUCGCUCGGUUUGAUGCUGAUGGGCAUUGUUCGGCUUUUGCUACGGUCUUUUCCGCAACUCCUACUACCACCGCCACUGCUACUGCAAACGAUGCCGAUGCCGAUGCUGCGACGGGUGGUGGACGUGUGAAUACGACAGGAACACCCAAGGGACCAGUGGCCUACUACGCAGCACAUUGGUACGAUCUCGCGGUCGGUGCGUCCUCGCCGGUGCCAGGCCUGGUCAGGGUGGAGAAUUGUCUCCCCUAUGCCACGGGAAUGAAUUGUGUGACAAGUAGUGAGAGUUGGAGCUUGGUGAGCAGCACGAGAACAACAACAAAGACAAGUGUUGUGAGCUUUUCCGGUCCUGCUAUCAUUACUUCGGGAACCUUCACAACAACAACGACGCUCUCCCUGUCCUCCACGGUCACCGCCAUCGCCGUCCUGACCGACUCGAAUAUCGUACGCAGUCGCCUCGGUGAUUCCGCAGCACCCACCAGCUCAGACAGAACGGUCACUGUCGCUGUGACCAUGCCAACCACAAAGACGUGGCUGGUCGAGUCUAUCAUCAGCCCAUCCCAAAUACCGGACGCUCAGACCGGUGCAGGCACGACAGUGGUAAUCAGACAGACAUUGACAACUACGCUGGGUGUGACGGAGACGCAGACCACGACGUUAUUGGCGGGGACCGCAACUUGA